AUGAAGAAUACCGUCACCCUGCCCGCCGAAAAAGUGCACUCAACUGUCGCCAUGGAUAAGGUCGACUACUGCGAAGAGGUAGAAAAUCUACUGAUGGACAAGGAUUCAAGGGAAGCGCUGGCUGCAAAGGCCGCCGAUGCUGCAAUAGCACGUUUCUAUGGCCCACCAAAUGUGCACAAGCAAGGAGUGCCUUUACGCACCAUCGUAUCCCUACGUGGCACCCCAACCUUUGGGUCAUCAAAGUGGCUUUAUCAGCGACUGUGCUUCAUUACCAAGGACUCCGAGUGGACAGUGAAGUCUGCUAAAGAGCUUUUGGCCCGCAUCCAACACUUGGAAUUGGAGGCAGACGAGGUGAUGGUUUCGUUUGACGUGAUCUCAUUGUUCACCUCUAUUCCACCCAAUCUGGCCCUUGAGACUUGUGACGGUCUUCUUUAA